GCAUAACCAUAACUACUGGCACAUGAGGUUGGCGCAGUUUUCAGCUUUUCCUCUCUGCUCUGCUUCCAUUCUCUUCUUCUUGCUCUGUACAAUAACUUGUUAUUAUCAAAAGCAACCAAACGUAUCGAACGAUUAGUCUUCCCCCUUCUCCCAAAUCUGAAUGGCUAACUCCAGAUUAAAAACCCUACAUUCUCUAUGUCAACUCUUUCUUCUCUUUUUCACUCUCUCUUCCACCGCCAUCGCCGACGAUGGCGAGUUCAUGUCCAAGCUCGCCAAAGCUUUGAGUCCCACGCCUUCGGGGUGGUCGGGGACCAGCUUCUGUCAGUGGAAGGGCAUCAAGUGCACCACCAACCGCGUCACCUCAAUCAACAUCGCCUCGCAGUCGCUCACGGGAACAAUACCUCCGGAUCUCAACUCCCUCUCCCAACUCACCUCGCUUUCUCUCCAGGGCAACGCGCUGUCCGGCGCAUUACCUUCCCUUGCCAACCUCUCUAUGCUGGAAACUGUGUUCCUAGGAGGCAACAACUUCACCUCCAUUCCCGAUGGUUGCUUCAACGGACUCACUAGUUUACAAAGUCUCAGCAUGGCAGACAGCUUCAACCUCGCUCCAUGGAGGAUUCCCGUCGAGUUAACUCAGUCCACCAACCUUGCCAAACUCGAUCUCGGAAACACAAACCUCAUUGGUACCUUGCCUGAUGUGUUUGCCUCCUUUGUGAGUUUGCAGGAGCUUCGUCUCUCGUACAACAAUCUUACUGGGGGUUUGCCAAAGACCUUUGCGGGAUCUGGGAUCCAGAAUCUGUGGCUCAACAAUCAAAAAGACGGGUUCGGGUUUUCUGGUACCAUUGAAGUGCUUGCUUCAAUGACCCGUUUGUCCCAGGUUUGGUUUCAGAAGAACCUCUUCACGGGUCCCAUUCCGGAUUUGUCAAAUUGCACUACUCUGUUUGAUCUGCAACUGAGAGACAACCAGUUAACCGGUGUGGUUCCACCUUCUCUCAUGUCCCUUUCCAGUUUGCAGAAUGUUUCUUUAGACAACAAUGUGCUUCAGGGUCCUCUUCCUUCCUUUGGUAAAGGUGUGAAGGUCACUCUUGACGGGGUGAAUAGUUUUUGUAGGAAAGACUCUGGACCCUGCGAUUUUCGGGUAACCACUUUGCUUGAUAUCGCCAAAGAUUUUGGCUAUCCCCUUCAGUUGGCGCGAUCCUGGUCCGGGAAUGAUCCUUGUGCGGAUUGGAGUUUUGUUGUGUGUGCUACGGGAAAGAUUGUUACUGUGAAUUUGGCGAAGCAGAAUUUGACCGGAACGAUUUCACCGGCAUUUGCCAAUUUAACUGAUUUGAGGAACCUGUAUGUCAAUGAUAAUCAUUUGGAAGGAUCAAUACCGCAAGGCUUGACUAAUCUGGGUCAGCUUGAGAUUCUAGAUGUGUCUAAUAACAAUCUAUCUGGUGACGUACCAAAGUUCCCAACCAAGGUGAAGUUCAAUAAUGCAGGUAACCCUCUGCUUGGGCAUUCUGGAGGUAGCGGUGGAACUACUCCUUCAAGCGAUUCUGGUGGUGCACCAAGUGGAAGUCCAAAUGCAGCGUCAGGCGGUUCUGCACUCUCUCCUGCUUGGAUAGGAGGUAUUGUUGUUAUUGCUGUGUUUUUUGUUGCGGUAGUCGUAUUUGUCUUUUGCAAGUGUCAAGCUAAAAACCGUCACGGAAAGUUUGGGAGGGUUAAUAAUCCCGGAAAUGGGAAAGGAGAGGUUAAGAUUGAUAUGAUGAGCGUUACAAAUUCCAAUGGUGGCGUCCCAAGCGAGUUGCAUAGCCAGGGCAGUGAGCGUAGUGAUAUUCAUGUUUUUGAGGGUGGGAAUGCUACUAUUUCAAUUCAGGUUCUUCGGCAAGUAACAAAUAAUUUCAGUGAGAAAAACAUCUUGGGUAGGGGAGGGUUUGGAGUUGUUUAUAAAGGCGAAUUGCAUGAUGGAAGUAAAAUUGCCGUGAAGAGAAUGGAAUCUGUUGCAACGGGGAGCAAGGGAUUGAAUGAGUUCCAAGCUGAGAUUGCAGUUCUUAGUAAAGUCAGACACAGGCAUUUAGUUGCUCUUUUAGGAUAUUGCAUAAACGGAAAUGAAAGGCUUUUGGUGUAUGAGUAUAUGCCUCAAGGGACGCUAACACAACACCUGUUUGAUUGGCGUGAAAAUGGAUGUACUCCGUUGACUUGGAAGCAAAGAAUAGCAAUAGCUUUGGAUGUAGCUCGGGGAGUGGAAUACUUGCACAGUUUAGCUCAGCAAAGUUUCAUUCAUAGGGACUUGAAGCCCUCAAACAUAUUAUUGGGUGAUGACAUGAGAGCCAAAGUUGCAGAUUUUGGUUUGGUAAAAAAUGCACCAGAUGGGAAAUAUUCUGUAGAGACAAAGUUGGCUGGAACAUUUGGAUAUCUGGCACCUGAAUAUGCAGCUACCGGAAGAGUGACUACCAAAGUAGAUGUGUAUGCAUUUGGAGUAGUUUUGAUGGAACUGAUCACAGGCAGAAGGGCAUUGGACGAUACUGUGCCUGAUGAAAGGUCUCACCUGGUUUCCUGGUUCCGUAGGGUGCUGAUUAACAAGGAGAACAUCCCCAAGGCUAUUGAUCAAACUCUCGAUCCUGAUGAGGAAACAAUGGAAAGCAUAUAUAAAGUAGCUGAACUGGCAGGUCAUUGCACUGCUCGUGAACCGUAUCAAAGGCCAGAUAUGGGUCAUGCAGUGAAUGUCUUGGUUCCUCUCGUAGAGCAAUGGAAGCCUACCAGCCACGACGAAGAAGAAGGUUAUGGCAUUGACAUUCACAUGAGCCUUCCUCAAGCUCUGCAAAGAUGGCAAGCUAACGAAGGCACAUCCACAAUGUUUGACAUGUCCAUCUCACAAACUCAAUCAAGCAUUCCUGCAAAACCUUCAGGAUUUGCUGACUCUUUUGAUUCGAUGGAUUGCCGAUGAAGAAAAUGAUAAACAAAUCGCUUCUCAGGUUAGAGGACCGGAUGAGAACGAUGUUAAGCUGUUUUGAUCUCGCAACAUCACCGAAUUGUAUCACAAUUUAUUUAUUUUUUAAAUGUUAAUUUUUCUAAUGUUCCUGCAA